AUGUUUUGUGCUGACGAUGGAUCAAAUAGAGUCGGGUACUUUGGCAGGUUCCUUGUCUUGUGUGUUGCAGCGCUGGGAAUUAUCCUCAGCAUGACAUCUGCCACUGGGUGCUCCUUUCUACAAUUCAAGAACAAUGUCCGGGCUCCAUACUCGGGACUUGGCGAGCCAUUUGAAGGUGCCACCGAGGCAUAUGUUGGAAUUUUCAAUUAUGAAGUUGUGGCUGUCGAUUACGACUCGGUACCCGAAAAGUGCGAGGGCUAUCCUGCAGGGGCAUCCUUUGAGGUUUUGAUUGCAGCAAGAAUUGUUGCCGUCGCCGCUCCCAUUUUUGCUGCAAUUGGAGUUCUGAUUACAAUCGUUGACACCUGCUUUGGACACAAUAUUAGUUGUUUCAUCGCGUCGGCAUUCAUGUAUUUGAUCGCUUGUGGAUUGCAAGCAUGUACAUUUGUGGUCUAUGCAGAACCAACCUUUUGCUUUGAAGCUCCACACAACUGCUCUGUGGGAAGUGCAGGAGUUCAAAGUGCAUUUGCUUGCAUCUUUUAUUGGAUUUGCUGUACGAUGACCUGUUGCUUUCCCCGACCGGACCCAUAUCGAGAGUAUCGAAAGAACCCAGAGGAGUUGCGUGAGAGUCGGGUAAAGAAAAUCGAGCGUACUGUCACGGUGGAACCAGACGUCCAAGGCGGAUUCACGCCCGAGAAAUUGGAGGAGGAGAAGAAGAAGGGAGGGCGAAAGUCGAGAAGGAAAGGAAAAGGAUCCAAUGGCGUCAGCAGCGAGUUGGGUACGAAUCAAGACAAUGUUGAUCGGGUUGAGCUGAACGAGAAGAAGUUCCCUGAUGGAAGUCGGCAGGUGGACGAAGUGACCUUUUACAAGGACGGAACGAGGUCUGUCAAUACAACACGAUAUGGCCCUGGAGAGUAA